AUGCUAGUCAGCACAGCACCGCACAAGUCGCCCGUCAUGGGGAGCGCGCCUCUUCAGUUGCUCAAACGGAAGCGAAGCGAUAGUCACGAGAUAUUUACCGUUAUUGACGAGCCUCUGGCGAAACGUUUACAAUCGUCUAAUCAACCUCUCACCGAACUUAAUGGGAGCAAUAAUGCGAACCUGCCAACUCCACCAAGUCAGGAUGAAGCCAACCUAGACUCAACACAAUCCGCUCCUACAAAGACAAACGUCGCAUCAAAGUCUACUACGACGCACAGUGCUAUCCACGAGCAAGAGAAUCCGUCCAAACGUGCCAGUCUCCCUCCGAAACCCGCGAAUAUAGAUAUAAAUGUCUUGCGUCAGUCGUUGGAUGCUCAGCUAAGUUUGGAGGUUCUUUUGAAGCAUAACGAGCUUCGUCUCAUCGACCAGGAGAUUGCAAAGUGCCAGGUGGCGUUGGAACAACUUCGUCGAUGUGCAGAAAUGCCCUAUCCAGGAUCGAGUGUUGACGGCAUUUCGCAAUCUGUUAGUGAUGGCUCAGGGUUUGCGGUACCUUACUCAGGAACGGGUCCGCCACCCGCCUCUCCUGCGCCUUGGGGUGUGGCGGAUGGUCCUUAUUCUCGACAUUAUGCGAAGUGGUUGUUGCCUGAUCCUCGAUUCGAUGGCGGCGAAUCGCCCGACUUGCCGCCUCCCAACGCCGCAUCUUCGGAAUCACGCUAUACUCGUGGAACAUUCACCGAGAAUGGUUAUGUGGCAGGAAAAUCGCGGGCUCAGCGUGGCAGUAUAAGCACCAGGCUGCAGUCACUACCAAAUGGAUAUCCUGUAGUUAAGGAGAAAGCCGGUCCGAUGGUCAUUAAGCGCAAGAGCGAUAACAAACAGGUCAAACUGGUUUGCCUUGAUUGCCGACGUUUCGAUUUCUCCAGCACUCAAGGGUUCAUCAACCACUGUCGUAUAGCACACAGCCGUACUUUUGCCAGUCACGAUGCCGCAGCCGAGGCGUGUGGAGAGCCGGUAGAUGUCGAUGAGGCCGGAGCUGUUAUCGGUGGUACUGCACCAAGUGAACCACCGAUCAUUGCCAAUCCUGGGUCUGUGCAUCCUCUGAUCCGAACGGCGCAUGCCAUCGAGAAGACCCUCCCGUUGUGCAACGAGAUGCCUUCAAAGGCAGCAAAACCAAAGAAGAAGGGUCACGCGACUCCCUCGUCGCCUUUCAAAGCCUCACCUGCCACACCUCAUCUUUCUUCUAUGUUAGCCGGCCUUGGCUCGAAGCUAAACCUAGAUCAAAUUGUUGGCGAUGCUAAGACGACAGUUGAUCUGAGCGAGUUCAUGUCGGAAGGCGAGUCCGAGGACGAGGAGACUUCUGAACCACAAGUUGGUACAGGGGCAAGGUUACCUGCCCGCACAACCAUGCCACAGGCUGCCAGUCAACGACCAACUAGUAGCAAGCGACAUGAGGUGUCUUUGUCUCAGGGCUUAGAAAUCUCCACGCCUACCAAAAUGUCCGCGCAGUAUCAGACUUUCUUGCCAGGUGUGCUACCAUUAGAAGAGUCAGGUGCUACAGAUUUGAUUCACAUGGAUGACAACCUCAGUCCCGUCACGGUAGAAUCACAUCAGGCGCCUAGUCUGGUCAGCGACAAUGAGGACGAUGAAUUUGAAGCAGCUUCAGAUUCGGACAGCUUCAGCUCCAGAUCCUCAGACGAUGGCCACGAUGACGAGGAUGAUGACGAUGACAUUGAGGUUGAGGACGACGAAGCUUCAACGACGUCUACGAAGACCCCGCAUGAAGUGACUAGCUUCAGGCGGAGUCAAGGUAAGAAGCGCGACCGUGUUCUUCCACCUGCAAUUGUCUCGUUGAAUCCCGGCGGUAAACGUCAGAAUUCAAAGUCCAAGAAAGCCAGCAACCAGAAGAAGGGCGAUUAA